GGGACAAAAGAGAGCCACCUUUCCCCUUUUCUUUUUCCCUUUGAAAGUGUCCGUCCACAAACAACCAAACUUUACUACGCCAUUUCUCACAACUCACAAAUCCUACCACCACCACUGGGCCACCCCCUUCUCUCUCUCUCUCUCUCUCUAAUUUCUCUCUCCACCAGCAAAUUUUGCCUGGGCAGUUCAGACAAAACUAAUCUCCAAUGAUAUAGCAGCAGCGCAAAUCUUUGCUGGAAUGGCAUGUUUCUUUUGUCUUUGAGAACAUAGUGCAGCUGGUUGCUGGUUCAUGGUUUUGUGUUUUUGAGGAAUUUGAAGUUGUUGAGAGGACAAAAGAUGGAAUCUUCCGACCAGCAGAUGCGAUCGGCGGCUGAUACCAGAGGGAAGCAUCGGAUUUCAGCUGAAUUGAAGCAGCUAGAACAAGAAGCUCGCUUCUUGGAGGAGGAACUGGAACAGGUCGACAAAAUGGAAAAGGCUUCGGCUGUUUGCAAGGAAAUGUUGUGUAAUGUGGAAACAAGACCGGAUCCACUGCUUCCCGAAACUACAGGUCCUACGAACCCACUCUGGGAUCGGUGGUUUGAAGGACCAGCAGAUGCAUCUGGUUGCCGGUGCUGGAUACUUUGAUCAUUCAUGGCUGAUUAGAAAUUUCGCCAUUUAUUGGAGAGUCUAUUCAAAUCACGUUGCCUUACAGAUAGAUGUAAAGUGUGAACUGAGAAUUGUUUCGAUGUGCAGAAAAUUUGAUUUUCUUUGUAUUUCUUCCUCUCUUUUGCUUAUCAGGGAGAUGAAAUUCCAGAAUCCCAAACUCCCAUCUUUCCCCUUAAUUUUGUAGUACAUAAUUAAGCAUUCUGCAG